UCAAAAAAAAACUAAGAAUAAAUGACAACUACCCUUCCUUUUAUAUCGAAGAACAAGAACUAGUAAAUAAUCGUUAUAUAUGUAGUGUGGAAAUGAAAGCUGUUACUUGGCAAAAGGAUUCUCACGGAUUGUUUGAUUAUGAGACUAAAUCUUUAAGCGUUAAAAAACAUAGGGUUGAAGGAUCAUGCAAAGUCAGCAGAGAAGGUUUGAAAGUGUUAUUAUUAUAAUAGAGAAUGAAAUAGUUAUAUAAGAUGGAAAGGCUAAGGAUGAGGCACACUUACCUCUAACAUCCAUUUAAGCUUAGGGAGGUAUAUAAAUUAUUAAUAUUCAGACUAAUAUUUUAUUCAACCGAAUCAAAACUCAACAGAAAAUGAAAAUUUUUUAAUCGUUCGUAGUUUAAAAAAUGCCGAUGGUGUUUAGAAGGUAUCAAUAUUUAUUACAGUAAAGGGUUAUACAUUACAAGAGGGGGAUCUUCUAAAAUUAGGCAGAGUAGAAUACCACGUGAUUGAAAUCAGAGACAGCAAGGGACAAAUAAGAACAGUGAAGGAUGUUUUCUAGUCAGAAGCCAAAAUUACACCCUCAAUAGAUGGUGGUGUAGUUUAAUAGUGCAAAAUAUGUUUAAAUGAAGAAGAGACCCCAGAAGAUCCAUUUAUCACUCCUUGUAAAUGCAAUGGAAGUUGUGCUUAUGUGCAUUUCAAUUGUCUUAAACAAUGGUUAGAAAGCAGAGGCUACAAAAAAGAAUCUGGCAACACAAUUUCCUAUAGAUGGAAGAAGUACCAAUACUAAUAUCCCUUAGAUUAGAGUGUGAAGUCUGUCAGGAAUUGUUGCCACAAUAAAUCAGAUUCAAAGGGAAAGUGCUAGAUUUGGCAGCCUUGGAAAGACCCAAUCAACCAUAUAUAAUCCUUGAAAACACAUAAAUCUCAGAAAAGGAUAAGAAGGCAUAGAGAGGAAUUUACCUUAUCAAAGGAACUCCAGAUGACUAAAUCAAAUUAGGUCGAGGUCAUUAAUGUGAAAUUAGAAUAUCAGAUAUCUCAGUAUCAAGAUUACAUGCAUUUAUCAAAUAUGAAAUGGGCAAUUUUGUUAUAGUGGAUAAUAAUAGUAAAUUCGGUACUUUAGUUCGUCUUUAAACUCCAUACCUGUUGUGCAUGGAUAAAAUAGCCAUUUAGGUAAGCUAAGACAAUAUCAUUUUCAGGUUGGUAGAACUGUGUUGACAUUUGUAAUGAAAUCCUUUUAGAGUCUUAAUCCCAAUAUCAAUGGUGCAGGUGUUCAGACUGUUUAUAUGAACGAUUAGUAAAGAGCUGCCUUAUACGGAGGCUAAACUGGAUUUUAUUAAGGUGCUAACAAAACACAAACACAAACACAAACAAACAAUACCAAUAAUAACAACUAGAAAAAGAACGAUAAGAAUUUAGGUUGAAU